AUUAGCAUUUACCGUUUGCUCGACAGAAGAUCCGGUAAAAGGAAGAGCUUGAAAGAAAGGUUGCUGCGAUGAACACGACGCUCUCCCCAUUCGUAGCUCCCUCUCCGAAGACGCCCAAAAGAAGGGGAUCAACACGAAGACGCGCUCCCUCUCACUUGCCUCCCGUUCAAUCUCAGGAAACUCACGACGCUGCCCUUCAUGCCAUCCGCAACCUCCUCAAAGGGAGAACAUCCUAUGACGCUUUCCCCGUCAGCUUCAGGCUGAUAGUCCUUGAUACCAAAUUGAAUGUCAAGAAGGCAUUACAAUGCUUGCUCCUUAAUGGUGUGGUCUCUGCCCCAUUAUGGAACAGCGAAAAGUCAAAGUUUGCUGGGAUGCUUACAGUCCUAGAUAUAAUACAUCUCAUCCAAUACUAUUAUGACACAGCAAAUUACGAAGCUGCUGCAGCAGAUGUGGAGACCUUCCGGCUAGAAUCACUACGAGAUAUCGAAAAGUGCCUUGGUGUAGCCACCCCUCCAAUGCUAGCAGAACAUCCAAAUAGCACCCUCUACAAGGCUGCUAAAGUUUUAAUUCAAACCCAUGCACGCAGAUUACCUCUCCUCGACUAUGACACAGAAACAGGUCAGGAAGUCAUCGUUUCUGUCCUAACCCAGUACAGACUUCUCAAAUUUAUCUCUAUAAAUUGCACGAGAGAAAUUCAGCAACUCCAUCUCUCGCUCCGGAAACUCAAGAUCGGUACCUAUGUCUCAUCAACACCACCACCCCAAAACCCGGAAACCCCGGAAACUCAGAAUCCAUUCUGGCCCAUCGCAACCGCGACGCUCGACACCCCUGUAUUUGACGUCGUCCAUAUGUUCUCUGAGCGUGCCAUAUCUGCAGUCCCUAUCAUCGACCAGGAUGGUGUUGUUGUCAAUCUGUACGAAACAGUAGAUGUCAUUACUCUUGUGCGUCUAGGAGCAUAUCAAUCUCUCGACCUUACGAUAUCGGAGGCCCUUAACCAACGUUCUCCGGACUUCCCGGGCGUUGUCAUUUUCCACCGGCUUGUGGUCGUGGAAGGAGAUGAGGAAGAGAAAAAAGGCGGGAAGAAAGGACGCCUGCUUGGCGUAAUCACGCUGAGCGAUGUCCUUCGGUACGUUAUCGGUGAGGUGGGCAUCGGCGAGUCAGUCGAGGAGAUUGCGUCCCUGUCCGCCGCCCCGGGCACACCGCCCUCUCCAGAUAUUAUCUCAUAAUGAUGGCACACCGAGUCAGGGGAUGAAAGGGUUUUGCAGGGUUUUGUUAUUUUAUGUGCUUUCCAAUUCUCAGUUAGCUGGAUCUGACUAGCAGUUGUAUGUCUUGCAUGAUCUGUAACCAUUAGAUGACAUAGGAUUAUACGAUAAUGUUACCGUCUUUUUCAAUA